UUCUCCCGGAGGGUGCCGGAGCUCUGCUGGGCGCCGGCGCGAACCGCCCGCCUGCGGGGUAAUGGGUAUCUGCGUGGUACCGUAGGAGGGGCGAGGCGGCUCGGAGGGUGGCAUCGCCCGGACUCCGCGGUGAGCGCGCGGGCGGGUCCCGGCGCCGGCUCGGUGGCCGCUGCAGCUCCUGCGAGAGCAAUCCACUACCCAGCCUCCAGAAGCUAUGGCUCGGUGGUGAGAUUCCAGCGGGACUUUCCGUGCCGGAGCUUCUGCAUCCUUUCUGGCCUCGCCGCUGUCCUGGGUGAAAAUGGCUGUCUAGACUGAAAUGUGCCGGCGGGGAGCAAGCCCAGGCUAUCCAGCCUAAGCCAGGCUCUUACGCUCCGAGGUCUGGGGACGAGCACUACUCUGAAAAGUGCAGGCAUGAAUUCCGGAGUUGCGGUGAAAUAUGGAACCGACUCCUCAGCCGAGCUGAGCGAGCUCCACCUGGCAGCCCUGGCAUCACUCAAGGGAGACAUAGUAGAACUGAAUAAACGUCUGCAACAAACAGAGCGGGAACGAGACCUUCUGGAAAAGAAGUUGGCCAAGGCACAGUGUGAGCAGUCGCACCUCAUGAGAGAGCAUGAAGACGUCCAGGAACGCACAACGCUUCGCUAUGAGGAGCGCAUCACAGAACUCCACAGCGUCAUUGCCGAACUCAACAAGAAGAUAGACCGCCUCCAAGGCACCACCAUCAGGGAGGAAGAUGAAUACUCAGAACUACGGUCAGAGCUCAGCCAGAGCCAACAAGAGGUCAACGAAGAUUCCAGAAGUGUGGACCAAGACCAGACCUCUGUCUCCAUCCCUGAAAACCAGUCCACUAUGGUCACUGCUGACAUGGAUAACUGCAGUGACUUGAACUCGGAACUGCAGAGAGUGCUGACGGGGCUGGAGAGUGUCGUCUGCGGCAGGAAGAAGAGCAGCUGUAGCCUCUCUGUGGCUGAGGUGGACAGGCACAUCGAACAGCUCACUACAGCCAGCGAGCACUGUGACUUGGCCAUUAAGACAGUUGAGGAGAUUGAGGGAGUUCUUGGUCGGGAUCUGUACCCCAACCUGGCCGAGGAGCGGUGCCGGUGGGAGAAAGAGCUGGCUGGAUUGCGGGAAGAGAACGAGAGCCUCACUGCCAUGCUGUGCAGCAAAGAGGAGGAGCUGAACCGGACCAAGGCUACUAUGAACGCCAUCCGUGAGGAGCGGGACAGGCUCCGCAGAAGGGUCCGAGAGCUCCAAACUCGACUGCAGAGUGUGCAGGCCACUGGACCUUCUAGCCCCGGUCGCCUCACUUCUGCCAAUCGCCCGAUUAACCCCAGCACUGGAGAGCUAAGCACCAGCAGUAGCAGCAAUGACAUCCCCAUUGCCAAGAUUGCUGAGAGAGUGAAGCUAUCGAAGACGAGAUCCGAAUCGUCAUCGUCUGAUAGGCCAGUCCUGGGUUCCGAAAUCAGUAGCAUUGGGGUUUCCAGCAGCGUGGCAGAACAUCUGGCCCACUCACUUCAGGACUGCUCCAAUAUCCAGGAAAUCUUCCAGACUCUCUACUCACACGGCUCUGCCAUCUCUGAAAGCAAGAUCAGAGAGUUCGAGGUGGAAACAGAACGAUUGAAUAGUCGUAUCGAACAUCUCAAAUCACAAAAUGAUCUGCUCACCAUAACCCUGGAGGAAUGUAAAAGCAACGCUGAGAGAAUGAGCAUGCUCGUGGGAAAGUAUGAGUCCAACGCCACAGCGCUGAGGCUGGCCUUGCAGUACAGUGAGCAGUGCAUAGAAGCCUAUGAGCUCCUGCUGGCGCUGGCUGAGAGCGAGCAGAGCCUCAUCCUGGGGCAGUUCCGGGCAGCUGGCGUGGGCUCCUCCCCUGGAGACCAGUCGGGGGAUGAGAACAUCACUCAGAUGCUCAAGCGGGCUCACGACUGCCGGAAGACUGCCGAGAAUGCCGCCAAAGCCCUGCUUAUGAAGCUGGACGGCAGCUGCGGGGGAGCCUUUGCGGUGGCAGGCUGCAGUGUGCAGCCCUGGGAGAGCCUGUCCUCCAACAGCCAUACCAGCACAACCAGCUCUACGGCCAGCAGCUGUGACACCGAGUUCACUAAAGAAGACGAGCAAAGGCUGAAGGACUAUAUCCAGCAGCUCAAGAAUGACAGGGCUGCAGUCAAGCUCACCAUGCUGGAGCUGGAGAGCAUCCACAUCGACCCGCUUAGCUAUGAUGUCAAGCCAAGGGGCGACAGCCAGAGGCUGGACCUGGAGAAUGCUGUGCUGAUGCAGGAGCUGAUGGCCAUGAAGGAGGAGAUGGCUGAGCUGAAGGCGCAGCUGUACCUGCUGGAGAAAGAGAAGAAGGCCCUGGAGCUGAAACUAAGCACCCGGGAAGCACAGGAGCAGGCCUACCUGGUGCACAUUGAGCACCUCAAGUCCGAGGUGGAGGAGCAGAAGGAGCAGAGGGCGCGGUCUCUGAGCUCCACCAGCAGCAGUGGCAAGGAGAAGCCGGGCAAGGAGUGUGCUGAUGCUGCCUCCCCAGCUUUGUCAUUGGCUGAACUAAGGACGAACAGUGACAGUGAGCUGGCCACAGAGUUUGCCAGUGCCAUCCGACGGGAAAAGAAGCUGAAGGCCAGAGUUCAAGAGCUGGUCAGCGCCUUGGAAAGACUCACCAAGAGCAGUGAAGUCAGACAUCAGCAGUCAGCAGAGUUUGUGAAUGACUUAAAACGGGCCAACAGCAAUCUGGUGGCUGCCUAUGAAAAAGCAAAGAAGAAGCACCAAAACAAGCUGAAGAAGUUGGAAUCUCAAAUGAUGGCCAUGGUGGAACGACACGAGACCCAAGUGAGAAUGCUCAAGCAAAGAAUAGCUCUGCUGGAGGAAGAGAAUUCCAGGCCACAUACCAACGAAACUUCACUUUAACAGGCAGGCACUCAGGCACCAAUGUUCUGUCCCAAAGGGGUAAAUCCUAGCAGCUCUGAGGUCCUUAGAAGAGAAAGGGCCCAAGGAAGGAGGGACUGUUGCAAGAGUGGAAAGGUUGCAUAUGGGUCACAGGCACGUACCCUUGGGGUUCAUGGUCAUGGUGGCAUUGUGGAU